AAGCAAAGAUCGGCUAUUCCACACUGAAGGUUGCUUGCUGAAGAAAAGCGUGGACUUUACCUCUGCAUUACCUCCACCGUGAAGACAGUCACUCAGAGAUGGCAUCUCAUGCUCAUGUGAUGUUCCUAGUUGGCACAUGUGUCUGCCUUCCUGUGGCUAUUCUUCUCCUCGUGUUUUCAUGUCGUGCUAUAAAACGCGGGCAGGUUCCUGUCAUCUACUACACAAACCUCCUCAUCACCACUCUCCUCCAGCUGUUCACAAUGAUCGCUUUGGUGGCAAACUCAGACCAGCUUCAGUACAACUCCUCCUCCGUUUCUUGUUAUGCCUUCAGUAUGAUGGCUAAUCUUGGCUUCAAAAUAUGCAUUUCUCUAGAAGGAUCUUUUAUCAUCGUCUUCAGACAGUUGGACAGCAUCAGACAAACUACGAUUUCUGUGCUGGCUUGCGCUGUGAUCUGGGUCAUUUGCAUUAUUACCAUCUCCGUUGCUGCAGAAAAACAAUUUAUUGUUUGUAUUCUGGCCGUACUCCUUGCUCCACUGUACAUCCUCUGCUUAGCAGGGACCCUCAAAUGUCUGCCUGCUGCCACGCCAGUGCCUGUUAAGGAAAAACGAAGAAUUGUGGGAGCAGUAGUUCUACUGUUCCUUAACUACUUCGUGAUGAUCUUGCCAAUGAUCGUUUUGAUUUUACACUACAGAGCUGACAUGGAAGGGUCACAUUCCUUAGAUGUUAUUGUGGCCUUAUUUCUGUUCAGUCCUUUUGUGGACUUGAUUCUUUUCUUUUUCAUGUGUGACUGGUUCACUGACAAGCUGGUGGCAUCUUUGUUCUGCUGCAUCAAGGUUGACAGCACCCCAUCAACAACAGUGUGACCGACGGUAGGACAGACAGGUGGCUUGAUUUAGGCAGAGAGAAGAAGAAGCAAAAUACGAUGAAAAUGCACGAAUAAAUAAAUUCUUUACAAAUCCUA